UUCACUCAAGCAUGUGAUGUUCAUUCUCAACACGGCCCAGCUCUAGAACUUGCUUGCUAUUAUUUAAUAAGUAGAAACAUUGUAAAAUUUAUAGUUAAUAUUUUUAGCCAGAAAUUUAUUUAAAAUCAAUAUGGCACACGAUUUUCUCUUCAAAUUCAUCCUGGCUGGAGACUCGUCGGUCGGUAAGACUGCAAUACUGCAACGCUUCACGGACGCAGAGUUCAAAUCAGCGACUGAAUACGAGGCGACUGUGGGGGUGGAUUUUAAAACUAAGAAUGUUUCCAUUGAGGGCAAAGAGGUCAUGAUUAUGACCUGGGACACAGCCGGGCAGGAAACGUACCGUUCAUUUACUCGUUCUUAUUUCCGGGGAUCUGCAGUCGUUCUUUUAGUUUACGAUGUCACCAGCCGAUCCUCCUUUGACAGUAUUCCCUCCUGGAUAAAAGACGUUCUAGAACACGCCGACAACCCGAACCUCGGCCUCGUCAUUGUUGGAAAUAAGAAGGACUCCGCUUUACGAAAAGUACAAACCGACGAAGGCGCCGCGCUGGCCGCACAAAAUGGCGAUCUCCUCUUUUUCGAAACUUCAGCCAAAACGGGGGAAGGCGUUCAUGAAGUUUUUAUCGACGCGGCGAAACAAUUCUAUAAAAAGUUUCAGGAUGGUUUGGUCGAUUUUACGAGUGAUUCUCAAGGCUUAACUUUGGGUCCGAAACAGAUAAACCAGUCUGGAAAGUGCUCCUGUUAAUUGUUUUAUGAUGUUCAAGAAUUUCAAGUAUUUUUAAAAUCCGACAAAAUUUUAAUAUCUAAUUUUUAUCGAGAAAAUGAAAAUGUCAUUAUCUUCCCCACUUUGAACAACGCUCAAAAGUUCAAUUAAAUGCGUUACAAAAGCUUGUAUUUUACUAACCGAUACAAUCAAACAAUUAUUUGUUUACAAAAUUUACUGUUUGUUAACUUAGCAUUAAAUUUUUAUAAAAUUAACUCAGAUUUAGUUAUUUUAAUAGUUAAUUAUUUUAAAAUUAAUCGAUAAACUUUAUCCUGUUUGUGCUAAUAAAUAAACUAACUUUAAAAAAGCUUCCUUAGGUGAGGCGCUGCUAAAAGUGAAAAACAA